AUGAACGUCCUCAUCUUUGGUGAUCAGACUUCUGAUCAGUUCCCUUUGCUCAAGAAGGUGGCUACAUGGAGGAACAACGCCACUCUGACAACAUUCCUCGAUCGUGCGAGUGUUGUUCUCCGCGACGAAGUUCAGAAGCUGCCCAAAACACAAAGGGACCAGAUCCCUGAUUUCCUCACUUCCUGGGACCUCGUCAACACCUACUACAGCGAAGGCAAGAAAAUUCCCCAGCUCGAGAGCUGUAUGGUCACGCUUGCACAACUUGCACACUACAUCGGAUACUACGGCGAGAACCCAAAAGACCUUCCGAAUCCUGCCAACACACGACUUGUCGGUCUCUGUACUGGUUCCAUCACUGCCUCAGUAGUAGCAUCCGCACGAUCAAUUAGCGAGCUGCUGCCCCUUGCAACAGAAGCUGUCCGUGUUGCCUUCCGCGCUGGUACCUGCGUUGGUGCGGCCAAGGAUGCGCUCGAGCACCCUUCAGAGGCGAAAGAAAGCUGGUCGACCAUUGUUACAGGUGUCUCUGAGAUCGCAGCAAAGAAGUCUCUGUCCGCGUUUCAUGAUGAGCGCCGGAUACCUGCUUCCGCGCGCGCCUACGUUAGCGCAGUUAGCACCAUGGCUCUGACCAUCAGCGGCCCACCAUCAACAACGAAACGUCUAUUUCAGGAGAUCGACGCCUUCAGGAACAACACCCGCGUGUCAAUCCCUGUGUACGCACCCUACCAUGCAUCGCAUAUCCACGCGCAAGCCGAUAUCGACCGUAUUCUGGACAGCGAGGCCACCAGGCACUUCCAACAAUUCCGACCCCUGGCGCUGAUCCACUCCGCUUCUAGCGGCAGGUGCUCGACCGCAACUAGCACUCUCGAGUUGAUGCGCAAUGCGCUUACCGACAUGCUCCUCGAGCCUGUACGCUGGGAUAACCUUCUUGGCGAAGUCGUAUCGCAGGUGACUGCUACCGGCAGCGCAGACUGCUCUGUCUCUGCCAUUGGCGUGACCAAUGUCGCCAACAGCCUCGCGUCUGCCAUCAAGGCUGGCGGACAGUCUCAGGUUGCCGUACGCGAUCACACUUCGUGGGUGCAGACUGAACAUGCCACACGCGGCCGCACUCAGAGCGACAAGAUUGCCAUUGUUGGUAUGUCUGGUCGCUUCCCCGGCGCCGCCACCCCUGAGGCUCUUUGGGAGUUACUCGAGAAGGGCCUUGAUGUUCACCGCGAGGUUCCUACAGACCGUUUCGACGCUCAGGCUCACUGCGACCCCUCUGGUAAGGGCAAGAACAAGUCCCACACACCCUUUGGCUGCUUCAUCGACGAGCCUGGCCUAUUCGAUCCCCGCUUCUUCAACAUGUCUCCUCGUGAGGCUGCCCAGACUGACCCCAUGGGCCGCCUUGCCUUGACCACUGCUUUUGAGGCUUUGGAGAUGUCUGGCUACGUACCCAACCGCACGCCUUCGACUAAGCUGAACCGUAUCGGAACUUUCUACGGUCAGACCUCCGAUGACUGGCGUGAGAUCAAUGCUGCCGAGAACAUUGACACCUACUUCAUCACUGGUGGUGUUCGUGCGUUCGCUCCCGGACGCAUCAACUACUACUUCAAGUUCUCUGGACCGUCAUACAGCAUUGACACCGCCUGCUCGUCUUCUCUUGCUGCUAUCCAGCUCGCCUGCACCUCGCUCUGGGCUGGUGACUGCGACACUGCCUGCGCUGGAGGCCUCAACGUCCUUACUAACCCCGACAUUUUCUCGGGUCUCAGUAAGGGUCAGUUUCUGUCCAAGACCGGUGGCUGCAAGACCUACGACAACGAUGCAGACGGUUACUGCCGUGGCGACGGCUGUGGCUCAGUCGUACUUAAGCGCUACGAGGACGCCAUUGCUGACAAGGACAACAUCCUUGGCUGCAUUCUGGGCGCCGCCACAAACCAUAGUGCCGAGGCUGUUUCCAUCACGCACCCCCACGCCGGUGCUCAGGAGUACCUCUACAGUAAGGUUCUAGCGAACGCUGGUGUUGACGCUCAUGACAUCAGCUAUGUUGAAAUGCAUGGAACCGGUACUCAGGCCGGUGACGGUAUCGAGAUGACUUCGGUCACCAACGUCUUUGCUCCUCGUCACCGCCAGCGUCGUCCUGAGCAGACUCUCCACCUUGGUGCCAUCAAGGCCAAUAUCGGUCACGGAGAAGCCGCCUCUGGUAUAAACUCUCUCGUCAAGGUCUUGAUGAUGAUGCAGAAGAACGCUAUUCCUGCCAACGUUGGUAUCAAGGGCGUGAUUAAUAAGAGUUUCCCAAAGGAUCUUGCCCAGCGCAACGUUCACAUCUCGACCACUCAGGUGGCACUUCCUCGCAGGGGUGCUGAGAAGCGCAGGCUCUUCCUGAACAACUUCUCUGCCGCUGGUGGUAACACCGCUAUCCUGCUUGAGGAUGGUCCCCUGCGCGAGGCUCCUAAGGGAACUGACCCUCGCACCAUGCACACCGUCACUGUUACUGCCAGGUCCAUUGCAUCGCUGAAGAGGAACAUCGACAAUGUUACUGAGUACCUGAAGAAGAACCCUGAGACUACUCUUUCUAGCUUGGCCUACACCACCACUGCUCGUCGCAUUCAGCACAACUAUCGCAUUGCCAUCUGCGUCGAUAACAUCUGUAAGGUCAAGGAUGCUCUUCAGGCCCAGAUCAAGGACUCGUAUAGCCCUCUUCCCAUGGUCCCAACCAAGACUGCAUUCACCUUCACUGGACAGGGCUCGCAGUACAAUGGCCUUGGCCAGAGGCUGUACGAGGAUCUCGAGUCCUUCCAAGCAGACAUCAAGCAGCUCGAUAACAUCGCUCGUCUGCACGGACUCCCAUCUUUCUUGCCUCUGCUCACCGGUACCGAUUUGGCUACUUUGUCGCCUGUCGUGGUUCAGCUCGGCAUGGCUUGCAUUCAGGUCGCUCUUGCCCGCAUGUGGGCUGCCUGGGGCAUCAAGCCGAUUGCUGUCGUCGGCCACAGCCUUGGCGAGUACGCAGCCCUUCACGUGGCUGGGGUCAUAUCUGCUAGCGAUAUGGUCCUUCUGGUCGGCCGCCGCGCCGAGAUUCUCGAGCAGGAGUGCACCGCUGGAACUCAUGGCAUGCUUGCUGUCAAGGGCGGGGCUGCUUCCAUCAAGGCUGCUCUGGGAAACGAGAUGACCGAGAUUGCCUGCAUGAACGGUCCCGAGGAGACUGUCCUCUGCGGCACAGUCGAGGUUGUUGAGGCUACUAACCAGCUCCUCACCGCCCAAGGCUUCAAGUCCACCAAGCUGAACGUGCCCUUUGCGUUCCACUCUGCCCAAGUCGAGCCGAUCCUUGCCAAGUUCCAGGAGGCUGCCUCUGCUGUCACUUUCUGCAAGCCUCAGGUGCCGAUCAUGUCUCCUCUUACCGGCGAGGUUAUCCGUGAGGCCGGCGUCAUUAACGCUGCCUAUCUAUGCCGUCACGCACGCGAGACUGUUAAUUUCUGGACUGCUCUGUCUACUGGCAAGACCGAGGAGCUCUUCAAUGAGAAGACCGUGUGGCUCGAGGUUGGCGCUCACCCUGUCACCAGCGGAAUGGUCAAGUCCACUCUGGGUGGAACUCCCACUACUGCCGGAUCUCUCCGCCGCAAUGAGGAUCCCUGGAAGACUCUCUCCAACACUAUUGCGACUUUGCACCUCGCUGGCGUCGCUUUCGAUUUCAACGAGUACCACAGGCAGUUCAAGGACGCUUAUGAGCUCCUCAAUCUCCCAACCUACAGCUUCGACAACAAGAAGUACUGGCUUGACUACCACAACAACUGGACUCUGACCAAGGGCGAGAAGGUCCAGCCUACUGAGCCUAAGGCAAUUGAGACCCCAGUCGAGAUCCCCUCCAAGCUUAAGACCACUUCCUGUCACAAGGUCGUUCGCGAAGAGUUCCACGCCAACUCCGGUACUGUGGUCAUCCAGUCAGAUCUGUCUGACCCCAAGCUCAAGGCUACCAUCACCGGUCACCAGGUCAAUGGUACACCUCUGUGCCCAUCGUCCUUGUACGCCGAUCAGGCUAUGACAGUCGCAGAUUACCUCUACCAGCAGCUGCGCCCCAACAUGGCCACACCCGGCCUCAAUGUCUGCGCCAUGGAGGUUCCUAAGACCCUGAUCCCGCAGUGGCCCGCACCAGCUGGCGGCCAGCACUUGCAGGUCGAGGCUACGGCUGACCUUGAGACUAAUCAGGUUGACGUCAAGUUCCGCACUGUCACCGCCGAUGGCUCCAAAAUUCUUGCCGAGCACGCCUUCGGUGUAGUCAAGUACGAAGACGUGAAGGUCUGGAAGGAGGAGUGGAGCCGCAUCCAAUACAUGGUUCAGACUCAGAUCGACGUUCUGCAGCAGAAGCUCCAUACUGGUGCUGCGCACAAGGUGCUCCGCGGUAUGGCUUACAAGCUAUUCAAAGCACUUGUGACCUACGCCGACAACUACCGCGGUAUGGAGGAGGUCAUCCUGGACGGCAAGACCACCGAAGCAACCGCUCAGGUUCAAUUCCAAACCACUCCUGCCGAUGGCGAGUUUUUCUGCUCCCCUUACUGGAUUGACAGCUUGGCUCAUCUCUCCGGCUUCAUCGUCAACGCUUCUGACCACCUCGACUCGGACAACUCGGUCUACAUCUCCCACGGCUGGGGAUCCAUCAAGAUCUCGAAGCAACUUUCGCCCGAGAAGAAGUACCGCUCCUACGUGCGCAUGCAGCCUGCUCCUGGCAAUAUCUCCGUUGGCGAUGUCUAUAUCCUUGAGGGUGAGGAGAUCAUCGGUAUGGUUCUCGGACUGAAGUUCCAGAACAUUCCUCGUCGCGCCCUCAACAUCAUGAUGCCUCCAUCCGGUGUCAAGUCCAGUCUCGCUGCUAAAUCGAUCGCUAGGCCUGCUCCCAAGGCCAUCGUCGCUGCACCUGUUAAGGCCGUACCCACUCCUAUAAAGGUCUCGAGACCUGUGGCGAAGCCUGCUAAGAUCAAGGUUGUCAAGCAGGCCAACAAUGGUGUCACAGCCAAGGUCAUGAAGAUCGUCGCUGAGGAGAUCGACGUCGACAUGUCUGAGCUCGUGGAUAAUGCUGCAUUUGAGAACCUUGGUGUUGACUCACUGCUUUCCCUGACCAUCUCGGCCAGGUUCCGCGAGGAGCUCGACAUGGAGAUUCCUUCCAGCCUGUUCACUGACUGUGCCAGUGUUGGUGAGCUGAAGAAGCAUUUCUCUCAAUACGAUGGUGUUGCUGCCGUCGUUGAGGAUGAUGCUUCCGACACCACUGAUGAGCCCUCUGACGCCUCCACUCCCUACGGGCGCGAGACCAGUAGCACCCCUCCCAGCUCUGCGCCCAGUGUUGACGGCAAUGACAUUGAUAUUAAGGUCUCUGAAACCGCCGUCGCUGGCGAGGCCAGUCUUGCUCGCAAGCUUGUCGCUGAAGAAAUGGGCGUCGACAUCUCCGAGAUUACGGACGACCUCGACCUCACUGACAUCGGCAUGGAUUCGUUGAUGAGCUUAACAAUCCUUGGUUCCAUGCGCGAGCAGACUGGUCGUGAUCUCUCUGCCGACUUCCUUACGGUCAAUAUUACCAUCAAGGACAUCGAGACCGCCCUCGGUAUGCGCCCGGCUCCGAAGGAGGUCAAGAUCACCGCGAAGAUCACUACUAAGAAGGCACAGCUUGAGGCCCCUCAGCUCGCUGAGGUGAGCAAGAGGCUCGCCCAGGCCGUCGAUAUCUCGCAGCUUCCACCUUCCAACUCUGUCCUGCUCCAGGGUAACCCCAAGGUCGCUUCCAAGAAGUUCUUCCUGGUCCCGGAUGGCUCCGGCAGCGCUACCUCAUACAUCUCGAUUCCCAAUAUCUCUCCAGACAUGGCUGUCUACGGACUGAACUGCCCAUUUAUGAAGUGCCCCGAGAAGUGGGAGUGUGGUGUUGAGGGUGUGUCUCAGAUCUACCUCAAGGAGAUUAAGCGCCGUCAGCCUGAGGGCCCAUACAUCAUCGGCGGAUGGUCCGCUGGUGGUGUCAUGGCCUACGAGGUCGCUAAGCAGCUUGUUGAUGCCGGCGAGAAGGUUGAGAGCCUCGUGCUCAUCGACGCCCCUUGCCCCGUCGCUCUCGACCCUCUUCCCGCCCGUCUCCACAUCUUCUUCGAUCAGAUCGGUCUUCUCGGUACUGGUAAGCCCGGAGGCACUCCCUCAUGGCUCCUACCUCACUUCGCCUCAGCCAUACAGAACCUGAAGGCCUACGACCCGGCCCCAAUGGACCCCAAUACUGCGCCACCCGUUCUUGCCAUCUGGUGCACUGACGGCGUAUGCCCCAACCCUGAGGACCCUCGCCCACCACCUGGCGAGGGAGAGGACCCAGCUCCUAUGAAGUGGCUCCUCAACAACCGUACGGACUUUGACGACAACGGUUGGGCUCAGCUUCUGCCCAAGGAAAAGUUCGAGUACGCCGUCAUGGGCGGCAACCAUUUCACAAUGAUGAAGGGCGAUCACGGUGCCACAUUAGGCAAGCUCAUCCAGAAGGGCCUCAAGCUAUAA